GUAUGCAAGAGAUGAAUUUCAAAAACAAAGUACGUAGUAGUUGAAGAAAAUCCAAAUCUAAAUUUGAUUACCAAUUCCUUUCAUGGCGACUUAUCUCCUCAAUGGCAACAACCACUGAACCAGAGAUGAAGACUCGUGUUCCAGUUAUGUCCCUAUUGUUCCUAUUCACCAUACUAAUAACUUUCCGAUCCAGCAUCUUCUGUAGUGGAACCACAUGUGUGGAUGCUGAAAGACAAUCGCUUUUGAGGUUGAAGGAAGAUGUCGUUGAAGAUCCUUUUAACAGACUUGCUUCUUGGAUCCCUGGUGGAGACUGUUGCAAAUGGGCUGAUGUUGUCUGCAACAACAUCACUGGUCAUGUAAUUGAGCUCCAACUUGGGAAUCUCUUAGCUGAUGAAGGGUCAAUCUCUAUGGGGGAGGUAAGUAAUUAAACCCUUGUUUUGCUGAUUUAAAGAAAGCAUUACUUGGUCU